AUGCUGACCCUCACGCUCAGACACAUUACACGGCCCCUGGUCCAGCGAGCGCCGGUGCGUCUGUGUGCACGUGGACAACACGCAGCCACACGCUCCGUGGAGGAAGAGCGGCCCUGGACAGGACAGGACAGUCUGGCUGACGAUGACCCAGAGAUGUGGGACCUGCUGCUGAAGGAGAAGGACCGACAGUGCCGUGGCCUGGAGCUCAUCGCAUCUGAGAACUUCUGCAGUCGUGCCGCUCUGGAGGCUCAGGGCUCCUGUCUGAACAACAAAUAUUCAGAGGGUUACCCAGGGAGAAGGUACUACGGUGGAGCUGAGGUGGUGGACCAGAUCGAGCUGCUUUGUCAGAAACGAGCCUUGGAGGCAUUUCACUUGGACCCUGCUAAGUGGGGAGUCAAUGUGCAGCCGUACUCUGGCUCUCCGGCCAACUUUGCCGUCUACACCUCUGUGCUCAACCCCCACGACCGCAUCAUGGGCCUGGACCUGCCGGAUGGAGGACAUCUAACCCAUGGGUAUAUGUCUGAUGUAAAGAGAAUCUCUGCGACCUCGAUUUAUUUUGAGUCCAUGCCUUACAAGUUGAGCCCCUCUACAGGACUUAUAGACUAUGAGCAGAUGGAGAUGACGGCCAAGCUGUUCCGGCCCAGGCUCAUCAUCGCUGGCACCAGCGCCUAUGCCCGCCUCAUCGACUACGCCCGCAUCAAGAAGCUGUGCACAGACAUUAAGGCCUACAUGCUGGCAGACAUGGCUCACAUCAGUGGACUGGUGGCAGCGCAGGCCAUCCCCUCUCCCUUUGACCACGCCGACAUCGUCACCUCAACUACACACAAGUCUCUACGCGGAGCACGGGCUGGUCUUAUUUUCUAUCGAAAGGGUGUUCGCUCUGUGGAUAAGAAGGGCAAAGAGAUCCUUUACGAUCUGGAAGACAGGGUUAACUUUGCAGUCUUCCCCUCACUUCAGGGAGGACCCCACAACCAUGCUAUUGCUGGUGUUGCUGUGGCCCUCAAACAGGCCCAGUCGCCCAUGUUUAAAGAGUACAUUGCUCAGGUCAUAAAGAACUCAAAGACCAUGGCAGAGGCUUUGCUCAGUAAAGGCUACACUCUGGUGUCAGGCGGUACUGACAACCACCUGGUCCUGGUGGACCUGAGGCCUAAGGGCAUUGAUGGAGCCCGGGCUGAGAGGGUCCUGGAGCUGGUGUCCAUCACUGCCAACAAAAACACCUGCCCUGGAGACAAGAGUGCACUGACGCCUGGUGGACUGCGCUUAGGCGCUCCGGCUCUGACCUCCAGACAGUUCAAAGAGGACGACUUUGUCCAAGUUGUGGAAUACAUGGACGAGGGCUUUAAAAUUGCUCUGGAUGUCAAGAAAAAGACGGCAAAACUACAAGACUUCAAGAAUUUCCUGCUGCAGGACCCAGAGACGGUGAGCCGCAUUGCUGAUCUGAGGAAGCGCGUGGAGGCGUUCGCCAGACCCUUCCCCAUGCCGGGAUUCCAUGACCAUUAA